UUAAAUACAGCAUUGAAAAAUAAGAAGAAGGAUCGUUCGAUUGUAGAGGACAUUGGGGAUAUGAUGCUAUUAUUCUUUGAUGGCGAGGCCGGAGAGAGAUUCAAAAAGGCAUGCGCCACUUUCUGUGCCAACCAGUGUCUGGCCCUUGACCAGCUCAAGUACAAACACCGCAAUGACAAGAAAGUUUCUCAAUUCCUGGCGGAAGCAGAGAGCAACCCACUGUGCAGAAGGCUUCAAUUAAAGGACAUCAUACCAACAGGGAUGCAGCGACUUACAAAAUACCCUCUACUGUUGGACAACAUUGCCAAGUAUACAAUGCAUCCAAGCGAAGAGCAUACCAAGAUAAGGAAGGCACAAGAAGCUUGUAAGAAGAUAUUGGCACACGUUAAUCAGUCAGUAAAAGAUACAGAGUACAAAACACGGCUCGCCGAGAUUCAACGGAAGUUAGACUCUUCUGCAAUGGACAGACAUCCGAUGGGCAAGGAUUUUAGGAACAUGGACCUGACCAAGCACACGCUGAUGCACAAUGGGGACCUCGUCUGGCGGUUGACGACACACAAGUCGAUUACGAUCCACGCCGUGCUGCUCAACGACCUGCUCGUGCUCAUGCAGAAAGCAGACGAUAAAUUUGUGCUGAAGUGCCGCAACAUCAACAUCGUGCCCGGCAAGGACGAGUCGAAGUACACGCACUGCCCAGUCAUCAGGCUGGGCGAGUUCAUGUUCACCAGGAAUGUCGCGACGGAUAAGCGAGCAUUCCUAAUCUUCACCAGCAGUCGAACGGGUCCACAGUUCUAUGAGCUGGUUGCACACACACCAGCUGAGAGGAAACGGUGGCUGCAGGCUAUCACAGACUCAUCGGAAGCCUACAAGGCAACGGCAUACCGGCCUCCAUUACCUACCAACCCACCUCCUGCCAUGGAGGAGGAUGGGGGAAAGCCAGAUAUGGAGGAGAUGGAAGAGAUGGAGGUGCCAGAGGAAGAGGAAGAGGAAGAGGAAGUAGUUGAGGAAGAGAAUGCACUAAAUGAGGAUGACACUCUAACAGCUAAUACCAUUGAAAGUGACGAUGACGCUGAAGCAGAAGAUGAAAAUAAGGACGAAGAUGAUGAGGAAGAGGAGGAAGAGGAUAUUAAGAUGAGAUAUGAAAUCAUACAGCCGCCAGUAUUGGUUAGUCCGACAGAGGUCAGUGUCACACAUCACGUGGUGGAAAGCGCAGAGCGUGUCGUCACUCCUCUUGCGCAGCUUCAAGAAAGGGACUACAUCGUAAGGACGGCAUUAGAUGACAAGAACAGAAUCAUAGGAAACCUGCUGAACCUAUCUGUGGAAGACUUUCCAAGCACUGCUAACCCUUCGCAGCAGGAAGAGAAAAUGGAUGAAAGCAAGAAUUCUAGGGAACUGCUACUAGCCGCAAUUCAGCAAGCCAACAAUCUUUCAAGUCUAUUGAACGACAAUAUGCCAUCACUGGACCAGCAAAUUGAACUAGAGAAACUAAGAAGCAAGGAGGAAGAAUGUGGCGAUACUACACAAGUCGAUUCAGAAUCCGGCACAUUGCAGUCACUAUCUACAGAGAAAGAUCGGUUGCCACGCAGGAUGGCAGCACCCCCGUGUGAACAUUUGCUAGCAAUUGCCAGCUCCAUCAACGCCAAUCUUACACAAUUACUCGCUAUAACGAUAGAGAGAGACCAGGAGCACGAAAUGAUGGUGCAGCGAGUGAAGCAGCUCAACGAGCUCCUGGCGACGCAAACGCCCCCUGGUAGCAGACCGAGCAGCCUAAUCUCGAAUAGCAUAGCAGUUGCUGAAAUGGUCGGGGUCGAUCCAAAUGACACACUCACGAUGCCACAAAAGCUUGACAUUGCAGAUGAAUCGGUGCCAACCACUCAGCAGAUACGUAGUCCUGACAGUACAACAGACUCGGACCGAGAUUUCCAGGAUGCCCUCUCUGAUGUAGACUCUGCGACACCCAAAGCUGCAGGCACACGUAGAGAGCCUGCUGAACCUAGCCCUGUGGCGGGAGGUGACCGGCCAGAAGACGAAAACAGCACGUCGUCUGGCCACGCAAUCAUCCACGGCAAACACAGGGACGACCUAACAGACACUGAUGUGGCCACGAGCAGCAGUGCCGCGAAAACCAGAGAUGUGACGAAACCGAGGCUGAGCAUGCAGACGGAGGCGAAGACCGUAGCCAAUGAGUGUUAUUCAGUGGUCGCUAAUGUACGCAAGAAGCGGCUUGGCAAGACUCGGAGAAGCCUGACACCAGAGGUGGGCAACAGGAGCUGGUCGCAAGACAGACCCACAGCAGCUCCCCGUCCUCGACGUGCCUCUGCAACUACGGGGCAAAACGCUAACGUAGAUCAAGAGCUAAAGGAGGCAAGCGCGAACGUCAAGCUAGCACCACAUACAAUCGACGGAGGUCCUUCGGCAGAUUCUGCUGAGCAGAUUGAACAGGAAUCGGAGCCCGCCGACGGGGAUCUAGUUUGGCAGGUCACCACAGAAGAGUGCUGCGAUGCUCGCAAGGACGUGGAAGUCACUGUUACGCUACCGUUUCGCGGGAAAAAAGGCGCCAACAGCGGCACAGCGGAAAUGUGAAAAGGUAAUGUGACGUUCCGGUCGAAGUGAUUACAUACAAUGAAUGCUGGACGUGGCUUCGAGUUAUAUUAAGAGAACUGAACAAUAACGAAUUGCUGUUAUGCACAUCUGAUAUUAAUCAUAAAUGAUAAUUGUAUGGAUAUGAAUUUUUUAUUAAUGAAUUAUGUGCGCGUACAUUAUCAGAAAAGCUAAAUAAUGAGUGUCGAAUAUCUUUCUUAGCUGAUUACAUUUGUUCGAACUAGUCAAUGUUUGGAUUUCAAAAUGUAGCAAAAAUAUACACAUAGUAAUUAAAAUUGCGUUGGUCAUUUUCCACUAGCAUGCUGUUGAUUAUCCUCCACAGAAUUCUAAUGAACAGAAUGUACAUGUCAGAAAUGUAGAAUCGUCAGUUAAAGAUUCAGUUGCAUUAUUUUUAAUAAAUUGAGAUAUUCACAAAUGCUUGUACACCGGUGCACGUAGAGCCAUGUGUCUGUUGCCACUUGUUUUCUAGUGUUUCUAUACAAUUGCAAGAAACUUUCUAUUUUGGAUGUAUGAUAUUUUGUACUCACCAGUAAUUCACUUUUAUUGGGUAUGUCAAUAAUAACUUAUCAUGCUAUUUCGUUAAACAGUUUUUGUUACUGGAACAGAAAAUUUAGUCAUAAAUGACUUCUUGUGAUAAAGCUUCCUUAACAGCAGACCGACGAGAGUCGCAAUAGCUACUAAUAAUAGCUCGUUUCAAUGUCUAACAAAUUUUCAGUAAUUAUCAACGAAAUAGAAUGAUAGUUAUCGUAUCCAUGUGAUCGUAACAAUUGAUGCACUUUGAAUCAUGGUAAUUUUUUAAUCGAUAUCCACUAACAAUUCCAGAACUGCAGUAUUGUAUAUAUUGCAAUAUUUCACAUUUCAUAUUGUUGCAAAUAUUUAUGGGUAAAAUAUUUUAUUGGGUAUGGAGCUAAAAUAGUUUCAGGAGCAAGUGAAUUUCCUCGCCAUAGCUCAAACGAGUAUAUAUAUUGCGUCGUUAAAUUGGCAGCUAUAUGACAGGGCAAUCGCUUGCCCUAUAUAAUAACAUAGUAUGAAUGCAUUUACUGAACUCGUUCGUAUUCUAGAAUUUUGCAGUGUUCAACCAUUUGUUGUUGCACAUAAAUAGGGGUGUACUCGUGGCAACGGAAAACAUAACUUAACAAAUAGUUAAAAUGGUUGUCUAGAUUAUCAUGAGAGUGAUCUAGUGAGUAUUUCUGGUGGUAUUGUGUAGGCAUGUAAAUACAGAUUUCACAUGGGGAUGUGUUUUAUGCAUAAUAGUAUCAGAAAUGUGUGUCAAUAAUAAUUAAUCCUGUUGUGUAUAGAUUGUACAGAUAUUACUAUACAAUAUUCACUCAUUAUUAUUUCUGCGUACAAUAAAAAAGUA